AUGCAGUGCUUGGCGAUGCAUUGGGGCAGGGCGAUGCUAGCAGUAGCCUUGCUGAGUUUGAAAUGCCAGAAUCUCCAGAAGCUCUUCUUUGGGGUGGGGGACCUGGUUUCAUCGCAGGCAGCGAACAUGACUAGUGCAUCGCAGGGGAUGAUACAGACAGUUGCAACUAAUAAUGCGAGCGCAAGGAAUGCGGUUGGUCGUCCUCCGAGUAAUAACAAAGGCUCGAAUCAGCUUGACAUGGGAGGUGCUCCAGAUCAAAUGAGUGGCACACCUCGAAACUCUAUGUCGCAAGGAAUGCCAAGCCAAUCACAUCCUGGCAUGAUGCAGAAUCAGCAGUCGAUGCCUGGUCAAGUUGGCAUGGGUCCAAUGUCUCCAUCAAUGAAUCAGGGGCAGAUGGGUAUGGGACCAGGAGGGAUGGGUAUGAACCAGGGCGCAGCAGGAAUCGUGCGGACCCCGUCGGGCAGCGCACCUUCUCCUCAUGGCAUGCAGGGUGGAAUGCAUCCUCAUGGUAUGCCUUCCUCAGGAUCAAUAGGAGGGCUCCCCCCAGGUAUGGGCGCUGGGAUGCCACCGCACGCACAUGCCCAGUCGCCUCAGUUUCAGCAGCAGCAGCCAUCCCCGCAGCAGCCAUCCCCGCAGCAACAGCAACAGCAAAUGAUGCACAAUGCUUCUGCUCAGGUUCAGUACAUGCAACAGCAACAAGCGGCUCAAAGGCAAGGUAUGCCGCAGAACCCAUCUGUUCACCCACAGAUGCAACAGCAGGUAGGGGUGCAACAAUCGCAGUCGUCCAUGCAGCCAAAUGUACAUGGACAAUACCCUUCACAAGCUCCGGUGGGACAGCGUCCGCAACAUACUAUGAUGGCCAAUGCCCGUGGACAACCUUCGCCCCAACAUCCUGGUCAUCAGUACCAGCACGGAAUGAUGGCGCAGGCUGCGCAGUCACAAAUGAUGCAGGGCCAGCCGUACGGACAGCAGCAACAGAUGCACUCGCAACAAGGGUCAAUGCCGCAAGCCCCUCCUCAGGCUGCUCAGCAGUCUCCCCAGCAGCUCCAGGCUGGCUCGCCUUAUCAUCACCAAAGCCAAAUGCCAGGCCAACACCCUCAGUAUCAACAGCAGCAAGCCUCUCCCCACCAGCAACAAUUCCAGCAGCAACAUCGAAUGCCGAAUGUUCAAGUUCAGCAACAGCCUACACAGCAGCAACCUGUAGCUGGUGCUCCUGCGCAGACAUCACCAUCGAUUCAUGCUAGCAACAGCCAACAGAUGGGACCUCCUCCCUCGCUGCAAAGCGUUGGAAAUCGGCUGCAAACUUGCCAUUCGAGAAUUUUGGAGGCCUUGCAACGCUGUGCUUCUCUCCUAGCAGCUAUAAGGAGAAUCUGUCCACCUGAGGCCCAGAUGCAAUUGCAACAGCAGAUGCCAAGUUUGAUUAUCGAGGCUGCGCACCAAAAUUUGAUAGCUGCACAGCAAGAUCUUGCUGCUCUUGCCAGAUCUUCAGGAUCGAAUCCGGGUGCAUCUCCAGCGAUGCCUCCUCAAGGCAAUCAGAUGCCUUCUGGAUCGGUCAAAUGGGAUGGGGGAGUGGACAGGGGAUGCCAAUGCAACAACAAAUGCCUCCAGGACAACAGAUGCCCCAGCCAGAUUGUGAAAGAUAGGGUUGGUGUGGAAGGAGGGAACAACGAGACAUACUGCCCGAAUUGCUUCUGCUAUGUGUGUGAUUUCAAAGCUUCCGCAUGUCAGGGCUGGUUGAGAGUGGGACAUUGUCAUGCUCAUGACAAGGACCCAUACUGGCGGGCUUUGCGAGAAUUUACUCGUACAGAGAUGCUUUCGAACAGCCCGUUGCUGCCGGCGUUGGGAUGCGACGAAGCUGCACAGAUGGAAGCACAUCGAUGGUGUGUGAAUGGCCUGCUAGCGUUCCAUCGCUACCGUGAUGGUGAUCCGGGACCUGGUGGCGUCUUCAAUCAUUCUUUCCAGCAUGUGACAGACGUAGCCUCAAGUGCCAUGAAAGCGAUUGUUGGUCACCUAUCCGGUCCCAAGGGCCCACGCACAACUCUUGCAGUACUAGACGGCAUUACCUCUUCCAUUGUCAUCAACACAUGGCGCCCUGGUGCAGCUCAAGAUGCCAAGCACAAGUGGUGCAAAGGGACAUACGCGGCCUACAAAGCUAUCAUCGAGCAACUGGAGAAGUAUUGGGUUCUAGCCAUCGUUCACACGUCGACACGGAGCGUUCCUCCUCAGGCCUUGGCGAUCAUGGCUCAGAGACUGAAGCGACUGAGCAAGUUGGCCGCAAAGGAAGUUGCUGGUGGAACUCCACAGAUGUCUCACGUUCCUUUGACACAUGCUGUGAGUGCGUGUGAGCGAGGUUGGACGCACCCUGUGGUAGUCUCGAUCCUGGAAGGCCAGUGCAGGGAGAUGGGACAACGUGAGGCGCAGACUCUACAACGAGCUCGUUUGCAUGUUCUGGAAAGAGCGCAAAGAUGGAAAGAAGCGUACCACUAUGCUAUCUUUCAUGGGCACGUGGCCAAGUCUUUGGCUUACAUGGUACGGGCCGGCAGGCAUGCAGAGGUUCUCCCCAUGGUCUUCGGCCAGAGCGCUUUAGCAGGAGGAGGCAAGUGCGUGCCAGUUUGUGCCGAGUUGGCCAGCUGCAAUCAAUCGGACAUUGCAAUCAGGCUUGCAAUGUACUGCGCGUUUGGGGAUUAUGAGAAGGAGAUUGGCCAUGGUGACCAGUUGAUCCAGAACAGGAUGCCGUACGUUCAGUGGCUGAUGUCUGCGCAAGAGCUGCAGCAGAGGAACCAGUACGGUGAGGUCUCCAAUGCUGUCGAGUCGGCAAGACGAGACGCCGAGGAGUGGGCGAGACAAGUUUCUGAGGAUCUUUCCAACGCUCUCCGCCACCCACUCAGUGAUGCCCCCCUCGGUUCUCUCUAUUCCUCGAGCAUGUACACUGUGGAGAGGCUUGCAGCGUUGUGCACGGUCGCAAUGCCUGUACUGGCCCUCAACUGCGCCAAGCUGUUAAGUAGAGCUGGGGAUCAUUGCGGGGCUGCCUCGGUGAUCUUCGUUGCUGGAUCCCGGAACGACAAGAACGAUGGCCCGACGCUCGUCACUUGGGCCCUGUCAGAACUUGUGCCAAAGCUUGGAAUGGUGUCCUUCCAGCCGCUCCUGGCGUCGCUGAAUCCGGAGCAGAUCAGCCCUCAGGCCCAGAUGUCAGUAGCUGGUGCGCUCCUAACAGCACAUGAGACCGCCGAGGCCGUCAAGUGGGCAACGAACGCGAACCUCGUAGGAGCACCGCCCGCACAUGAAGUGCCUUACGCUCACUUCGAGAACACCCGCAACUACCGUUCAUGCGAUCUACAAGCUCAUGAGGUUUUGCAGUCCUUCAUAGAUGCGGCAGAGAGCAUCGGCGACACAAACGGAGCGCUCCUCCUGGGCGAGCUCCAGAUGUGGUGGGAACCUUCCUGGGAGCACUUGCAAGCCCUUCAACGGCUCUGUUCCCCUCAGAAGUUUGGACUCAGACGUCAGCAGCUCCAGUCGCUCGCGCUCAACGACGCUAACUGCAAGCCCGAAGUUCGAUGUGAAGUUCUGGUACGAGAGGGGCUGUACACGCAAGCGACUUCUAUCUUGGUGUCCAUGGCCUGUGACAACCCUCAGCUAGCCUACGAGGCUCUGAAGCGGGGGCUGGAGGCACUGGGCAGCCAGAUCGUUACGCAACCUAACGGCAUCAUGGACUCUCUCUGGCCAUGGUUGGAGCAGCUUGUGCCUGUGGGGGAGGGCAUCGACUCGACGAUGGAGAUCCUCGCUCAAUGGAUGCCCCAGAAAGUCAUUGCGCUCUACGACCAGCAUGUCGACACUUGGCAGCGACAUUGCCAACAGAACGCAGUGAACGCUACCACCAAAUCAAGCAUGCGGUCAUGGCUGCUCCGUGCAAGGAGAAUGUACCAGGCUUCAGGACAAUCUGAGCAAUGGGAGAAGAGGUUCUCGGAGCUGACGCACACUCUGCGGCGGAAGAGCUCUCUGUCUUCUGUCUGGGCAGACCUGGGCCCCAACGGGACAAACUCCGUACCGCAAACUCCCAACUCACAAGCAGCAGGCAACGGGACCAGCAACGGGGGGCAAGGGCUGCGGAUUUCUUCUCAAGGAAGCUCGAACAACAUUGGGAGCGGCAGCAUCCCGUCCACGCCUAUCCCAGGCACACCGAGAUGA